UAUUACUGAGGACUGAAAGUUUCAAGGUCAUGUAGCAGAGGCAAGAAGAUGUUUGUACGCUACAUGCACUAAAAUUAUAAGUCACUUCACUCAUAGUCUGAAUCAAAAGCUUACCUCCAAGAGAUGUCGAUCUACAUGUAUCCUGCUAUUGCUGCCCCUGAAAGGCAUUCUGUUGAUUAUGUUUCUCAGGGUCAGCCAGAGGGUCCAAGCAUUCAGCAAGGCUCUGCCGUUGUUCCUGGAGAAAUAGUUUUUUCUUCUGUUGCAAGUCUUAUAACUGGCCAUGGAACCUAUAGGAGUGUAGAUGUUUCAUCUACGAACAUUGAUGAGGAUUUAUCUUCCGCAGUUAAUCCAGACACUUUGGCAUCUGUUAAUGGAGAUCCAGGGAUACAGGCAGGCAAUAUACACACUUCUCUAACUGGGCGUGUUAGGAUAGUCAAUAAACUCGUAUAUGUAGAGCCACCCAAGGCUCGGUACUUCGGCAAUGUUGGAGAUACUGUAGUGGGUCGCAUUGUAGAGGUUGAACAGCGUCGCUGGCGUGUUGAUGUCAACUCUGCUCUCCUAGCCAAUCUAGCCUUGGCUAAUGUGAAACUACCUGGUGGUGAACUUCGUCGGAAAUCUGAAGAUGAUGAACGGGCUAUGCGUUCUUUCAUGAAGGAGGGUGACCUCAUUGUCGCUGAAGUUCAUGAAGUUUACAAAGAUGGAACAUUACAACUUCAUAUGCCGGGUACCAGGACAGGCAAACUUGGAGGUGGCUGUCUUCUGCGUAUUCCUCCUAGUCUUAUUAAACGUCAAAAAAUACAUCGUCAUCGUCUAGCGAUCCCAAGGAUGGAUACACUUGAUGGUCCUAUAACAAUAUCUAAUGAAGUUAUUUCUGUUGGCCUCAUACUUGGCUGUAAUGGAUAUAUUUGGACAGGUCCAGCAAGAGCUAUGGAUAUUGGUCUUGGCUUAUCGGCUCCAGUUGAAGCAGAUUUAAAUACAGCUAAUGAAUCGGAAUUAUUAGCUGAACGCAUUGCAGUUUGUCGUGUGCGUAAUUGCAUUUUAGCUCUUACACAUAAUGGAAUGCCAGUAUGGGAAACAAGUGUUCUUACUGCAUGCGAAGCCAGUUGGUCAGCUGAUCAACAAAAUGACGAUGAUGAUGAUGAGUAUCAACUGGAAUUCGAAACUAGUAUCAAUAAUGGUCCUUCGGGUAGUAAAUCUCGUAACCGCAUUGCUCGUUUAUUGCAUCCAGAAGUUGCUCGUCAUCUUGUUACGCUUGUUCAAGCAAAAUUAAAAUCUGAUUACUAACUUUGUACAAAAAUAAAUACAAAUAUCUUGUAAAUAAAAGAAUUCAUUUUCAUA